ACAUUGUGAUUUUUGUCCCGCGCGGUGUUUUUAUGGAGAUCGCACGUUCUUACUUGUUCCAAAAAAUUAGAAUCUGUUCUGUGCGAUUGUUUGGGUCUCAAUUUUGAACAUCUCGCAGUGUCACGAUGGGAAAACGAAAACGCCAGCAGCAACCGGCGGAAGCCGCCUCGUCGGAACCCAACACCAACUGGGACAUUAACGGUUACCGGACGGCGUACGAACCGGAAGAGCACUGGGAACUGCGGCGCACGUUCAUGGAGCGCCACCAGCACUGGAUUGCGGAGGACGAGCUGGUCUGUUUGGCGCAGGUGUUUGUGAACGUCGAGUUGCUGCACUGCCGGUACCCGCUAGAGACGAUGGAGCGACUGCGGGAGCUUUCGAAGGGCGUCGCCGACGAGUACCGGAACUCGAGGAAGAACAAACUCCAGCGGACGUUCGUUUCCGCUUCGGAUGCUGCCGCGUCCAAGCAGCAGCAGAAGGGACCGAUUCAGUUUGUGUCUGGAAGUUCGCGGAAGCAUCAGAUGGUGGCACCGAUUCGAACGCUGGCCGAUGUGUACAACAACCUGGUGCUGAUGCACAACGAUUACGAGUGCACCCAGCAGGAAUUUGACCGGAUGGGGUGUGGCAACAAGCUGGAAAUUGAGCUGUCCAGGGGUGGCAACGGGAAAACCGUUGGUCGCAUCAGCGUGGGACAGUUUGAGUUGGCCAGGGCCGAGGGUGACAGUGAGAAGACCACCCGGAAAGCCGUCAAGUUGGCCUUUCUGGAAGCGAUGGGCAAGCAUUGCUACAAAAUAGUGCGUAAAAAGCACGCGGUCCAUCUGGCCAACAGCAAAGUGGAGCGCAAGGCCGUCCAGGGAGCCGUCGAUCACCGCGGGCGGAAGGUGGUCAACGAUUUCCAGGAGCAAAAGAUCGACUCCAGCAAUCUGGGCUUCAAGCUGCUCCAGAAGCUCGGCUGGAGUGGCGGCUCGCUCGGGUCGAAGAACGAAGGAAUCGUCGAUCCGAUCAACUGUCAGAUCAAAAUUGGCCGCCAGGGGCUCGGCGGCGGGGCUCCGGCGAAGAAGGAACAGCCCGGGAGGUCCGCGAAGAAGGGCAAGAUCGACACGCGCAACGAAACGUACGGCAUCGACAUCAACUUUUACCGGCAAACGAUGAAGAACUUCCGGGACAGUGGCAUCGAGUACGACAUGGUGUUCAGCAAGGACUUUACCAAGGAGGAGCGGGCGCUGUUUCACAACAUGGCCCUGCAACUGCAGCUGAAGACGCGCAGCUUCGGCAAGGACACCGACGGCAGCCGGCAGUUUGUGCUGCUGGGCAGGAAGCUCUCGCCGCACGAAAUUCUGGAGCGCGUCCUCGUCGAAAAGGAUCCCAUCUUCAGCGAAAUGUACGAGGUCACGGGACCGGCUUCCGACCAGCAGCAGGACGUCGUCGACUCGCCGGAUGUCAUUACGAUAGACGAUUAAAGUGUGUGUGUCAUCUGUCUGCGAA